GAAUCUCAUUAUAUUCGCUUCCCUCUCUCACAUAUCCACACAACUAAAGAAAUGGCUCUCACCGUGAGCAGCGGUGGCGGAGGAGCUAGUAUUCGCUGCAUAGACCUCACCGAUUCUUCUCGAAAUCUCUUCUCCUCCUCCAGACUCGUUAACAUCUCUUACCCCUCAAGAACCCGUCACCACGUGGUCUCUGCCGCCAAAAAAACCUCCUCUACCGGCCGGUUCGACAGCAAGAAGCGUCGGAGUCUCGUCCCGACGACUACCAAGGAACAGCCCGAAGAGCAAAACGGUGUCUACGACGGCGAGAAACCGCCGUCACAGAUCGAAAUCGCCGACGACGACGACGGCGAAGAUAGGUUUGCGGUGAAUACUCGCUUCAGAGGUGAUCCCAAAGACGCGCCUAAGUUUGCGAUUAAGGAUCUUCCUGGGCUCGAACCUGAUCCGUUUGAAGGUCCUCAGUGGGAUGGUCUAGGGUUCUUCGUUCAAUACUUGUGGGCUUUCGGGAUCCUUUUCGCGCUAAUCUCCGGCGGAAUUGCGGCGGGGACGUACAAUGAAGGUGCAACGGAUUUCAAGGAGACUCCAGUGUAUAAAGAGGCGAUCCAAUCUCGUGACCUUCUCGACGAAGCAGAGAGUUCCAACUCGGAAGAUGUGUUCGAGUCUAACCCAACAGAAGUGGCCCCUAGUUUGGAUUAGUUUCAGUUCAGUGUUUAGAGAAAGAAGAAGAAAAAAAUACUGAAUCUUUUACUUUUGGGGAGCUAGUUUGUGUUCAUAAUGUUAUAGAACCGAAGCGAAAACCGAUUAUAAGAAACGAAUUAUUGUUUGUCAUUGUUCUGUUCCAAGCAUUGCGUUGUCUGAAACUUGCUUUAUGAAGAGAACCAAUAAUCUCUUCUUUCUGAAAUCUCUAAAUAAAAUUGUUCUUGAUUCA